UGAGAGCUGUUUGUCAAUUUAAGUGUGUUAAUGUUUUCAGCUGCUAAAAUACAUGUGUAUUAGUAUAUAUAUUUUUAGAGAGUAUAUAGGUGAAUUUGUAAAUUUUAACCCCCUUCUACCUCACCCUUAUUUAUUAUAUAUAUAAUGACAAGUAAAUGUGUAACACACAUACACAUAAAAAAAUGAAUAUGUUAAAUAUACUUGGGUGUCUUUGUACAUAAUGUACUUAAUAUAUAUAUAGUUAUAACAUUUAACUUGUGUCAGAUAAUAACCACAGUAAUAACAAACGAUAACAUGGCGACUUAAAUAACAUAAACAAUUAUUAUUUAUUUAAUAUAUUUUAAUUAUAAAUUACCUGUGACAAAAAUGUCUCAUGACACGUGAAGAACUCUGACGACCAAUAUCAAACGAUUGGCUUUUACCAAUUUCUAUUUUUUUUUUUAUUUUUUAUCGGAAAAAUAGAGAAACAAAAAAAAGAGAUAGAACAAAAAAAAAUAGUCAGUUUUUUUUUAAUGUAUACAUAUAUUUUUUAACCCUAACAAAAUGCGCAUGUUAAACUGCGCAGUUGUGUUUUACUCCAAUAUAGAAAAAUAUUUGUUAAAAUUUUGAGCUCAUAAAUUUUUUUUUUAUAUGUGACAAUAGUUUAAUAUAUAUUACAAGUUUUUUUGUUUAUAGUUAAUUAUAAAAUAAAUAAAAAAUGAUAGUUUAUAGUUUAAUUGAAAAUAAAAUUGAGUAAAGUGAUUUUGUUUUAUUUUUUUUUUUAUUUUUAACGAUGGAAGCUGGUGUUAGAGUUUCGAUUAUUAUAAAAGAAAAAAUGAAAAUAAUGAAUUGAAAUGAUAUAUUGAUGAAGAAUUUUAAAUUUAAUAAAAUAUAUAAAUUUUGUUUAAUAAAUAAGGGUUAUAAUCUAGUCGAUCAAUGAGCCUAGUCAUCAGCAAUAAUAAAUUUAAAUUAUCGACCUAAAAAUAUAAAUUUUGAUUUUAUUUAUAAAAAUUUAUUAUUGAUAGUUAAAGUGACAUUUAAUAAAUCAAUUUGUCGAAAAGUAGUAUUAAAAAUAGCACAAUAGACUGAGGACAAUAUAACUUAAAAAAAAACUUAUUAUUUUAUAUAAAUAAAAUGGAAUUGUCUAGUCAAAAUAAUAACCAUCAAAGAAUUUAUUGAAAAAUAAAAUAAAGGAAUUAAUAUUAAAAACAAACAAUAGCCAAACAUAAAAAAAAGACUAAUAUAAUAAAAAUAAUUAAGUAGCACAAUCAAUAUUAAAAAAUAAAAUAGAAAUUACAUGAUAAUAUGGAGAAAAGUAAAUGUGAAAAUUCAAAAAUUGAUAUAUCAACAACAUCAUCAUCAUCAUCAUCGUCAUCAGCAGCAGCAUCACCACGUUUAAAACAAAAAAAAAAAUCACUUUGUCAAAUAUUAAUGCAUAAAAAAACACGUGUUGGUUGUAUGGAAACAUCAUAUCAUGAUAAUGAAUCAAAUAAAAAUAUAAAAAUUGAUAAUUCUCAAAGUUCAAAUACAAGUACUAAAUUAUCACUUUGUUGUGCUAUGACUGAAAGAAGCAGAACACCAACACAAAGUUUAACAAGUAAAUUAUCACCAACAUUUAGUCGUAGAUCAAUUAAAUCAUCAACAAAUAUUAAUGGAAAUUUUCGUGCAAAUGUUAUUGUUGAAAAUAGCUAUGAUGAAAAAAAUAAUAAAGGAUGUGUUAAAAAUUCAAUUAAUUGUACAAAACAACAACGUACAUGUAUUGAUGAUCAAUCAUCAUCUGAUUCAGCAUCACCAUGUUUAUCAAUGCAAUUACGAAGUAAAUUACUCCAUCGACGAUCAGUUGAUAAUUUGACAAUAACAUCAGUACCAAAUUCAGUAAAUCAUUCCAGUCCAGAAUCAAUAAAAAGUGUACCAAUAAAUUUAAAACCAAGAUCAACAUCACAUGAUGCAUUAUCAAGACGUAAAGAUUGUCAAAUUAAUUUUUCUGAUAAUGUAUCAAUGGAUAGUUUAGCUAAACAAUCAUUACUUGCUGCUCAAGUAUUAAAUUUAAUACCAACACAAAAAGCAAGAGAACGUAAUUAUCUUCAUGGACGUAUUGCUGCAAAUUCACUUCUUGGUCCAUCUGAACUUGAAAAAGUAUUACCAAAUAGAGAAUUAAAAAUAUUUAUUGGUACAUGGAAUAUGAAUGGUCAAACACCACCAAAAGAAUUAAAUGAUUUUAUGUUACCAUCAGAAAUACAAACAAUACCAGAUAUACUUGCAAUUGGUACACAAGAAUCAUGCUCUGAAAGAACAGAAUGGGAAGCAUCAUUACAAGAAACACUUGGUCCAUCUCAUGUAUUAUUAACAAGUACAAGUCUUGGUACAUUACAUCUUGCAUUAUUUUUAAGAAGAGAUCUUAUAUGGUUUUGUUCAGUACCUGAAGAAGAUAAUUUUUCAACACGUCCUGGUACAGCAUUUAGAACAAAAGGUGCUAUUGCUAUUGCAAUUAUAUUAUUUGGUACUAGUUUUUUAUUUGUAACAGCACAUUUAACAGCACAUCAAGAAAAAGUUAAAGAACGUAUUAAUGAUAUUAAAAGAAUUGUUCGUAAUCUUGAUUUACCAAAAGAUUUACCAACUAAAAAUAAGAGUAAAGAUGUUACACAAAAUUUUGAUUGUGUUUUUUGGUGUGGUGAUUUAAAUUUUCGUCUAGCACAACCCCGAGAAGAUGUCAUUGAAUGGGUAUCAGAUACAAGUUUUCCUCGUGCAUCACCAAUAAAUUUAUCAAAAGAUCAAUUACGUACAAUACUCAAUGACGGAGCAGUAUUACGUGGUUUUGAAGAGGGACCAAUUACUUUUCCACCUACUUAUAAAUAUGAUCCUGGUACACAGACAUUUGAUUCAAGCAGUAAACAACGUACACCAGCAUAUACAGAUAGAAUAUUAUUCAAAGGAAAAGGACAUACACGUGGUUAUAUUAGACGUGUUAGUCAUGAAAGUACAAAUUCAAAUAAAGAUGGUGUUAUUGAGUGUCUUGUUUAUGAUUCUGUACCAAGUAUUUGUACAUCUGAUCAUAAACCAGUAUGGGGAGUUUUUAAAACUACCAUAAGACCUGGAAUUGAUACUAUACCACUUGCUGCUGGAUUAUUUAAUCGUGAAAUUUAUUUGGAAGGUAUUAAAAGAAGAGCUGCCACCAUGGAUGAUCCACGUGGAUCAUCAAAAGUUUGUUCGCUUCAGUAGUUAACUAUGAUAAUUAUUGAUUAAUUAAAUCAUAGUUAAUUUAUUUCUUAUUUAUUUUAUUCACAAAAGAAAUCUAGUCGACUUUGAAUAAUUUAAAAACAAAUGACAAAUCUAUUUCAUAUUAAUCAAUUAAUUUAAUGGAGUUGUUUAAAAUACAUAAAAAGACAUUAUUACAGUUAUUAAUAUUGAUAUAGUAUUUCAUAAAUAUAAUGACAGGCCCGAUGAUAAUAAUAAUAAAACUUAUAUAAAAAAGGAAAAUAAUUAAAAAAAAAAAGUUUCAAGAUGAUUUUUUGAUAAAUUUUAUGAAAUCAUUGAUUAAUCUUUAUAUAUUAUGAAAUUUUAUUGACAAAAGGAUUUUUUUUUCUCCUUGAUAAUACAUAUAAGGGACAAUAAAUCAAUUGUAAAAUGAUUUUGACUUGGCGACUGAAAACUCUAUUGACAUUUUUCGUAAUUUUUAGAUGAAAAAAACAAUUAAAUUAUUUUAAUUAAAGUUAAUUUGUAAUAUUAUUUUAAUUAAUGCCAAUGUUGCAAUACGUCCAGAUAGUAUUUUUCACUUUGACUUUAAUGGUUGUAUUAUUAUAUAGGUAUAUAAAAAAUUACAAUAAAAUUCUUCUUUUUUUUUUUGAAGUAC